CGUUGUUGAGACGUGUAGCGACGCUCGGCCACAUCCGGUCGUAUAUAACCUACCACGAGUUAGCGGCGAAUUCGGAGUGUCCAUUUUGAGCAACUAUCCGGCGUCUCCCGCUUUUUCCCACCUUCUAAAACUACCUUAAAAACUCAUCCUUGCAAUGGCUGACGCUGACAUCCUGCUCAUGGAGACAUCGGAACAGAACGGUGACGAGGACCAGAACGGCGCAGAGGCCGAGCUGAUGGCCGACGACGACAACCAGGGCGGAGACGACGGCAACAAGAUCGACGCCAGCAAAAGUGAAGAAGAUGCAGGCAAAAUGUUCGUGGGUGGCCUGAGCUGGGAAACCAACAAAAAGGACCUCAAGGACUACUUCAGCAAGUUUGGCGAGGUGUCUGACUGCACCAUCAAAAUCGACGCGGCCACCGGACGCUCCCGGGGCUUCGGCUUUGUGCUUUUCAAAGACUCCGCCAGCGUGGACAAGGUGCUGAACCAGAGCCAGCACAAACUGGAUGGUCGCCAGAUCGACCCUAAGCGGGCGCUGGCCAUGAAGAGGGAGCCCGCCAGGAAGAUCUUUGUAGGCGGCUUGAACCCUGAGGCCACCGAGGAAAGCAUCAGGAAACACUUUGGCGCCUAUGGAGAGAUUGAAACCAUUGAGCUCCCGGUGGAACCCAAAUCCAAGAAGAGGAGGGGCUUCAUCUUCGUCACGUACAAAGAGGAAGCCAGCGUCAAGAAGUGCAUGGCAAAGAAGUUCCAAAGCCUUGGGGGUGGAACGUGCGAGCUGAAGAUCGCCCAACCCAAAGAGGUUUACCAGCAGCAGCAACAACAGCAGCAGUAUGCCGUAGGACGCGGCGGUGGAUUCAGCGGCCGAGGAAGAGGCGCCCGAGGAGGUCAGAGCCAAGGCUGGAACCAGGGCGGCUACGGGGGCUACUACAACCAGGCAUAUAGCGGCCAAGGCUAUGGCAGCUACGGAGGCUACAGCAGCUAUGGCGGCUACGACUACCCCUCCGGUGGUUACUAUGGAUAUCCCGGCUAUGACUACAGCCAGGGCAGCCCCAAUUAUGGCAAGGCUCCCAGACGGGGCCAUCAGAGCACCUACAAGCCAUACUGAUGCGAGUAACACACGUGAGGAUCCAGGCAAACACUGAACUGGAUGGACGCGACUCCUUUUAUGACAGAAGACCAUUUGUACAGAAAAAAAACAGAAAUGUAACUUUUCCAUUUUUUUUUUUUAAUUGUAUUCUUUCAUUUUUUUCAAGGUUUUAUUUUCCCUUCUGUGUUAUUUUUUUUUUUCUUCCCUUCCCAACAUUUCCAUUGAAAGGAAGUGUAAUUUUACUGUACUUUUUGGUACCCGUUUUGAUUCUAAUGUAUUGUUAAGGGUAUUUUACAUGUCGGCAGGCUUUACAGGUUGGAUGUCUUGGCGCUGUAAACGAGCUUUUUUGACAAAUAAAAAAAAAAAAAGAAAAAUUCA